AUGAACCUCCACAGCCUGCAAUCAUACAUCCACACACCAACGCCCCAGUCACAGACACACCCACAUGUGAGGAUCCUAAGCCCGAAAUCACAGACAUACCCACAUGUAAAGCAGUCACAGACAGACACACAUGUGCUGAUCCUAAGCCCGACAUCACACAACCACCAGGCUCCGCCCGACAUCACAGACAUACCCACGCACGACAUAGUCACGGACAUACCCACAUGUGAGGAUCCUAAGCCCGAAAUCAGAGACAUACCCACACGUGACGCAGUCAGGGACAGACCCUCAUGUGACGCAGUCACAGACAGACACACAUGUAAUGAUCUCACAGACAGCCCCACAUGCGACACAGUCACGCAUACCACCACGAGUGAGGAUCCUAAGCCCGACAUCACAGACAUACCCACAUACAGCCCCACAUGCGACACAGUCACGCACAUACCCACAUGUGAGGAUCCUAAGCCCGAAAUCACACAACCACCAGGCUCCGAGAUGAAGAAAGAUGCAUGGAAACAAUGGGUUGCCCAACUACAUCGGCAAAUGAGUGUAUUUAGUGAAGAGGAGUGGUUCCAGCAUUUGUUGCAUCAUGUAGAGGAGGCGACCGUCCCGGAAAAAGGCGAAGUACCUGGAGUGGAAAAAGGCAUAGAAGUGGAACAAGUACUGGCAGCAGAACAUAUACUAAGAGUGAGAGAUGUACCACGGCACAAACCACUCCAUGAGCAAUACUACCAGCAGAAACACUUAAUUUCCAAAUUGUGGAUGCUCCUUCUCGCAUCCGUAAUCGAAGAAUGCGAAAUCGAGAGUAGUAUGCAAGAGAAGGAGUUAUAUGUGGAUGAUCUAUUGGCAAAGCUCUGA